ACUGAAAUUCCUUCAAAUCGCUCUGUCAUUCUCAAGUCACGUCUGGUUACGAAACGGAAGCAUCUUCCUGGGAAAUCUCAGCAAAUUCAAGAGAAACCAUGUCCGGCGAAGGUUGCGAACGGGCUUUUUGCCGUGAUGCCGUCCAGCAGGAAGCGGCGGCCGCUACCGCGGGUGCCGGAGGGGGCGGAACCUGCCCCGGCGGAAGCGGUGGGGAACGGUCCGGCUUUGUAGAUCCGAGAAAGUAUCGGAACCCGCUGCCGUUCAACCUGAAGAAUCCGUACGCGUUUACGACCAAGUUUUUCCUGAUUUCCACGGUCGGGUUUGCGGCCCCGUACCUGGUGGUGCUCUACCAGAUGUACAAGAUGGGAAGGACCACUUAAAGAGAGGUAGGAGAAUUGGGCCACGUGGUGGCGAAAAAUAAUAGAAUAAAAACAUUUUGAAUCUGAUCUCCUUUUAAAUAAAGCAUUUAAAUCUAUUCUAA